AAAAAAGAUAAGCAUAAUUAGAGAACUGAAGAAUCACCUUUCAAGUUCUCAUCACACAGCAAUAUGGCUGAUGAAAGAUCUGCAGAACAGAAGAAAAUAGACGAAUGGCUUCCCAUUACUUCGUCUAGGAAUGCAAAAUGGUGGUACUCAACAUUUCACAAUGUUACCGCUAUGGUUGGAGCUGGUGUUCUCAGUCUCCCUUAUGCUAUGUCGGAACUCGGGUGGGGACCUGGUGUAACAGUACUGGUGUUAUCUUGGAUUAUCACUUUAUACACACUAUGGCAAAUGGUUGAAAUGCACGAAAUGGUUCCAGGGAAACGUUUCGAUAGAUAUCAUGAAUUAGGGCAACAUGCUUUUGGAGAAAAGCUCGGGUUAUGGAUCGUAGUUCCUCAGCAAGUAGUCGUUGAAGUUGGCGUCGACAUUGUUUAUAUGGUGACUGGAGGAAAAUCUCUCAAGAAAAUCCAUGAUUUAUUGUGCAAAGAAAAUUGCACAAAUUUGAAACUUAGUCACUUUAUCAUGAUCUUUGCCUCUGUCCAUUUUUGUCUCGUCCAUCUUCCAAACUUCAACUCAAUAUCUAGCAUUUCUUUGGCAGCAGCUGUUAUGUCCUUAAGUUACUCCACUAUUGGUUGGGUGGCUUCAAUCAAGAAAGGCGUGCAACCGGAUGUGGACUAUGGCUACAAUGCUAAAACCAAUAAGGGAGCUGUUUUCAACUUUUUCAGCGCGUUGGGUGAUGUGGCUUUUGCUUACGCCGGUCACAAUGUGGUGUUAGAAAUUCAAGCUACAAUCCCUUCAACGCCGGAGAAGCCGUCCAAAGGACCUAUGUGGCGGGGCGUUGUUGUUGCUUACAUUGUAGUUGCUGUGUGUUAUUUUCCUGUUGCACUUAUUGGAUAUUGGGUGUUUGGGAAUUCUGUAGAAGACAACAUUCUCAUCUCUUUGGAAAAACCUACUUGGCUCAUUGUUACUGCUAACUUUUUCGUCGUUGUCCAUGUUAUUGGGAGUUAUCAGAUCUAUGCUAUGCCAGUGUUUGACAUGAUUGAGACUGUGCUUGUUAAGAAACUUAAGUUCAAGCCAACUUGGUACUUGAGAUUUAUUACCAGAAACCUUUACGUUGCUUUCACAAUGUUCGUUGGAAUCGCGAUCCCUUUCUUUGGUGGGCUUCUUGGAUUCUUUGGAGGAUUUGCAUUUGCCCCAACAACAUACUUUCUUCCCUGCAUAAUGUGGCUUGCAAUAUAUAAACCAAAGAGAUUCAGUUUAUCUUGGAUUAUUAACUGGAUUUGCAUAAUACUGGGAGUUCUGUUGAUGGUUAUAGCACCAAUCGGCGCCUUAAGAUCCAUCAUCUUAUCAGCCAAGAACCUCAAAUUUUUCUCUUAGACGAUUAAUUAAGGAAAAAUCUUUGAUUAAGUUUCUUAAACUGCUGGAGUGUGUUUUAUUAUAAAGGACUUCCUAGCAAGGUUGUUUUGGUUCAGAACUUUUUACAAUAUAAGACUUCUGCA